AUGGCUUUUUGGAGGCUACGAAAGGAGGCGCGGAAGGUCCUUCCUCAAGCUCGUCCGUCGACGCGACGCGCGAACUCUCUUGCGCCUUAUUGUUAA